CUCUCCCGUUCCACACACCCGCACACAGGCGCGUUGCUAAGCGGCCGUUUCCAAGGGCGACCAAACAGUACCGCUCGUUCUCGUUCUAAUCCGCGGCAGCCGAGGAGGCUUCGAACGGGAGCGGAAAAGGGCUCGGAGGAGAGAAAGGAGAGCGGGACACAGAUAUUUUAAGACAGUUCACUUUAGAAGUCUGGGCAAUUUAAAUUAUCUGCAGACUGUGUCACUGUGAAGAUGGCAGCAAUGUGCAUGGAGGAGAGCAUUUACAACCUUCUACCUUACAAUCUGGAUAAGUCUUGCAAGGCACCUAGAUAUGUUUCGGCAUUGAAAACAUAUGUAAAAGAUACAAUACAGCAAAGUAAAUCACCAUGGAAAACCAUAGGACCACCCAAAGUCCAGGUGCCAAAUCCAAAAGACUUCCUUCAGAAACAUUCCAAGGAACCAAAGUUACCGCAGAAACCAGGGAAAAAACAUCAAGGAGUUAAGAGAGUAAAACAAUUUGUGCCUAAAUUGUCAGAUCACCCACUCAUGGGAAUUCAGAGUUCAAAGAAUUUCAUAAGCACAAAUGCAGCUAAUGUCAUCAUGGGAGUGCCUAAGAAACCUCUUCGAGCUUGUGUUGACCGAAGACAAGGCGACAAAUAUGUCCUUGAAACUUCAGGACUCAUUCCAAAAUAUCUCAAGAAAAAGGAUUACGGCAUUACUCCGAAAUAUGUAACUAAGCGAAAUGAGGAAGUAAAGAGAGCUCAGGAAGAAUACGAUGCCUAUGUCAAGGAAACUCUCAGACAAAGAGCCAUGAAACGGCUCUCUGAUGAAGACAGGGACAAUCUUCUUGAGGGUCUCAAGAAGAAUUGGGAAGAUGUGCAUCAUGAAUUUCAAAGCCUUUCCGUUGAAAUAGAUACACUACCAAAGAAACAUCACAAAGAAAGGCUGGAAGCAGAGAUGAAACAGCUGGAACAUGACAUUCAGACAAUUGAGAAACACAGAAUUAUUUAUAUUGCAAACAAAUGAUCAGGGCAUCCUUAGGAGGGCGGGAAUCCUCUGAGAUGAAAACAAAUUUUACUUUCACUAUAGAAGCACAAAGUACCCAUAUAUUCACCUGUAGAUUAAUACUUAGGUUUUGACAAGUUAGGUAGAACUUUAGCUCUAUAUUAUUUUUGAAAGUUUUAAAAUAUCUAUUUUUUUCAAAUAAAUAUAUCUAUUUAUUUAUUUCCUGAUUGUUCAGUGACCUCUAUUUAAAAAAAAAUACCCUGAAAGUUUCAUUGUUCAUGUAACAUGAUGUACAGCAAUAAUUCAAAUAAGAUGAUACAUAGAGUAUGGGAAAUAUAUGAGUAAUAAAGCGUUGCUAACCAGA